AUGACCGUCUCCAAGAACCAGCUCUUUCUGGGCACCUUUAUCCAUUCCAAGACGCGGGACCAGCUGGAAUAUCUUAUCGAUACAGCGGUCUGUGUUGAUAAAGAGGGCACUAUCGUCGCCGUCGAGAAGGACUGCGAUCGGGAUGCUGCCGAGAGGAUCUUGUAUCCUCGGCUGGGUUGGAUUGCAGAGAGUGUGGAUGUGAGGGUCUGUAAGGAGACAGAGUUCUUCUUUCCAGGCUUCAUUGACACACACCUCCAUGCCCCCCAGUAUCCCAACGUGGGUAUCUUUGGUAAAUCUACGCUACUAGACUGGCUAAACACCUACACCUUCCCUCUCGAAGCCAAGCUCGGCGACGAGAAGCUCGCCCGGAGGGUCUACACAGCUGUCAUCCGCAAAACACUCUCCCACGGCACCACGACGGCAUCCUACUACGCCACGCGCCACGUGGGGUCUACUAAUGUUCUUGCCGACCUCUGCCUCGAGCUGGGCCAGCGAGCGCUCGUAGGAAGAGUAUGCAUGGACCAGGAGUCGACGUGUCCGGCGAACUACCGCGACGAAUCGCCCUCGGCGGCGCUGGAAGCUACGAAGGCAUGCAUCACGCAUGUCAAGCAGAUCGAUCCAUCGUACGCUCUCGUGAAGCCCGUCAUCACGCCGCGGUUCGCGCCGAGCUGCACGAGCGAGACGAUGAGGCUUCUGGGAGAUCUCCAGAAGGAGACGGAUCUACCCGUGCAGACGCACAUUUCGGAGAAUGUUUCCGAGAUUGCGCUGGUGAAGACCAUGUUUCCCGAGAGCGGGAGCUACACGGACGUCUACGAUUCCCACGGGCUCUUGACGAACAAGACGAUCCUGGCGCACGCGGUUCACCUGUCCGAGGAGGAGGCCAGUCUUAUUUCGGAGAGACAAGCGAAAGUGUCGCAUUGUCCGACAAGUAACUCGUGCAUUACGAGCGGCGCGGCGCGAGUGAGAUGGCUCUGGGACAGGGGCAUUGAUGUUGGCUUAGGAACGGACAUGUCUGGUGGUUACAGCCCGUCGGUGCUGGAGAACGCGCGGCAGGCUCACCUCGUAAGUCGGCACGUGGCUAUGGGACUGGGUGAGUGCGAGGAGAAGGAGAGGGUGAAACUUUCCGUCGAGGAGGUGCUUUAUCUUGCGACGAGGGGAGGGGCGGAAGUUGUCGGCAUGGCGGAUAAGAUUGGCGGGUUCGAGGUCGGCAAGGAGUUUGAUGCUGUCCAGGUCGGGCUGGGUACUGUUGAUGAGGGCGGUAUCAUGCAGGGUGAAGGGAACGUGGACAUCUUUGGGUGGGAGACUUGGGAGGAGAAGAUUGCGAAGUGGUUGUUUAAUGGUGAUGAUAGGAACUCUCCCCCCCUCCCCAACGCCCACCCGUUAACCGCCACCACCACCAACCCCGGCACGAGCUCACUUCUCCUCCGCCGAAACUGGACUUACGCGGGGCCUCCGUCGGCUAGAUCGCCCGCCCAUGCCCAGACCCCCUGCCGCUGGGGAAAUUCCCGGAUUGUACCCCGCCCGAGGCUCGAAACGACGGUCGACAAAGACGCUCAGGUUGCCGAGGAUGGAGCAAAGUCGCGCGAGGUAGAUCUGGGGUGGACUAGGGAAGCCUUCCAAGCUUUCCUCGACGAUAAAGGCCCGGCGGCCGCUCUCGCUCGUUUCGAAGAGUUGGCGGCUAGGCAGUCGGAUACACGGGGGAGGGCAGGGACGUUGGUCGAGGCUUUCAAGGAGAUGCGCGCAUUGGGGAUUAGGCCUAGUCCUGCGUUUUAUGGCCUGGCGCUUGCAGCCCUUGCUGUUCACCCUGAUUACCUCCUCCGGGCGACGAUCCUCGAUGCGAUGCGGAAGGACUGGGUUGAGUUUACGCCGGACCAUAGGGUCAAUACCGUGCUCGGUCUACUUCGGGACGGCCAGUACGAGAUAGCCUUUGACGAACUUGAGGAUAUAGUGACCGAAGGUAUAUCCGUACCCUAUUGGCUCUAUGAAGUCUUUGUCUUUGCUUUUGGGAAGCUUGGUUUUCUCGACGAGGCCAUGCUGGCGUUAGAAUACAGAUCCCAGCAGAAAGACGCACCGGCGAUAUCUCUCGAUCUACUUUAUUACCUCCUCGACGCCUGCAGCACCGCAUACCACUACCGAGGCACGAAGCACUUUUGGCAAGUCGCCACGAAAGAGAACGGAAUCGUCCCCUCGGACGGAAUGGUUCUCAACAUCAUGAACACCGCCGCACGGCAUGCCGAUCCCGAGCUUGCUCUUGAGGCCCUGCGAGUAACCGCCGACCGCAGGGUGAAUCUCUCCUUUCAACACUUUGAACCUAUAAUAGAGGCGUACAUGGGUGUGCAGAAUUUGGAGGGGGCUUUGCGAAUUCUCUGCGUCAUGGACAGCGCUGGUGUCCGGCCCGGAAGGGAUGCGACAAGGAGCCUCUUCGACGUCCUCAAACAUUCGCCAGAAAAAGUCGACGAAUGUACUCAUAUUUUACGAAACCUCGGAGAAUCAUACCGAGUCCCAAUCGCCGCAUUCAACGUCCUCGUAGAAGCCCUCUGCUUCUCGGACAACCUCCCUGCCGCCGAAGCCCUUUACGAAACUCUCCCCUCCCUCACGACCGAUCCACCAACCGUCACGACCUUCCAUCCUUUCCUCGUAUCACCCGAUCCACCAAUAUCCAUCUGCACAGAAGCUAUACAACUAUUUCCAAAUCUUACCCUACCACCCCCUAACCUCGCCCACCUCACCCUCCACCUCGCCCGCCCCUCUCUAGACAGCGCCCUCGCAUACCUCCGUCGAAUAGACGCCGUCUACAAGUCACCAAACUCACGUCCCGAUCGCAGCCACGCGCGCAGGAGAACGGACGCAUGGGUACUCUAUGCCGACGCCGUGCGCGCCGUCGCGCUGGAGAUGCUGAGGCAUAGAGAUUCGAGGACCUGGGAGUUCUUGUCGGAGAUGAGUAGGCGGAAUCCUGAGUUGGCUGCCGAGGUUAGGGAAUUGGGAAGAGGAGUGGGCGAGGCCGUUGCAGGGGAAGUAGAGGGUGCUUAA